AUGGACGUGGCUCUCGAUCUCCUGGAUCCCUUGGUCUUCGAUAAAGCGUACGCCUACUUCGUCCCUGCCGAUGGUACCUCAACUACACAACCAGUAUCAGCAUGGCCACGAGACAGCAUCCUCCGGCAAUGCAUUUCGAUCCUGAUAAUCACACAGCUCGGUGCUUCGCUGCUGUACUGGAUCUUCAGCUCGUUCUCAUACUACUUCAUCUUCGACCGGCGGCUUGAAUACCAUCCGCGCUUCCUGAAAAACCAGGUCCGGCAGGAGAUAAUAUGUUCGAUGAUGGCCGUCCCCUGGAUCAACAUCUUGACUCUCCCUUUUUUCCUGGCCGAGGUGCGCGGAAAGAGCUUCUUGUAUACCAGGGUAGACGACUAUGGAUGGGCGUGGAUGGGUAUCUCGGUGGUGCUGUUCAUGGUCUGGAACGAUUUCUUAAUCUACUGGAUUCACAGGCUGGAGCACCAUCCCAGCGUCUACAAGUAUAUCCAUAAACCACACCACAAAUGGAUCAUGCCGACUCCAUGGGCUGCUCUCGCCUUCCACCCUCUUGACGGAUACGUUCAGUCUCUACCAUACCAUGUCUUCGUUUUUGUCUGUCCCGUGCAAAAAUACCUCUACAUGACCAUGUUCAUUCUGGUACAGAUCUGGACAAUCUUCAUCCACGACGGCGACAUGAUAUCGGGCCACUGGCUCGAGAAAUACAUCAACAGCCCUGCGCACCACACCCUCCACCAUCUCUACUUCACCGUCAACUAUGGCCAAUACUUUACCUGGGCCGACAGCUACUUUGACUCCCACCGAGCACCACGCCCUAAACUUGAUCCCCUCCACGAUGCGCUGCGGGUCAUGCGCGAAAAGGGACUCGUUGACGAGAAGGGCAACCCUAUCCCCGGGAAGAACAAGAAGGAGUGA